CGCUGUAGCAGCCGGAUGUGCCCUGUAAUCGUCAUGGCGGCCGGCGGGCGGGUCCUGCUCGUGUCGCUGCUGCUGCUCCUGAGCGGGCCGGGGCUUGCGCGGGGCUGGGACCAGCCGGGGAGAGUUUUGUUGCGGGAGGUCCAAGCUCUCACUUUCUACAGAGAUCAAUAUACUACUUCUCGGCGGACAUCUCCAAUUCCCCAGUUACAAUGUACUGGAGGUACAGCUGGAUGUGCGUAUGUUCCCAUGGUUGUUCAGUGUCAUAACAAAGGCUGGGAUGGCUUUGACAUACAGUGGGAGUGUAAGGCAGACUUGGAAAACUCCUAUCGCUUUGGAAGAAUCGAAGUGAGCUGUGAAGGCUAUGAUUAUCCAGAUGACCCUUACAUCUUAAGGGGAUCUUGUGGUUUGCAGUAUGGGUUAGAGUUAACUGAGGAAGGCCAAAGAAAAGCGGACAACUUUGGUGGAAGCUUUGGCUCCAGCUAUUACCAAUCAAGUAAAGUGAAUUCUCAGGAUUCCUCUAACUCUGUUGCUGGAGUGAUUGUCGUAAUAGUACUUCUACUCCUUGCUUAUGGAUGUUACAAGCUAUUCCUCAGUAAUCAGCUGCCUCAACAGGAUUUCUCUAAUGGUGAUGGAUACGCUAGGACAUCUUGGCAGAAUACUCAGACACCACCUCCUCCUGGUUUUAAAUCCAGCUUCACAGGAGCUGGUGGUUUUGGUGGCAGUUCCAGUUCUGAGGCCAAUUUAGGACGAGGGUUUUGGACUGGACUCGGAACAGGAGGCCUACUAGGAUACUUGGCUGGUAGUCAGAGGGCACAACCACAUUCCUCAUAUUUUCCUUAUGUCAAUCCAUACGCUGGUCCUACCACUCCUCCUCCUCCAGGCAGAAAUUCAAGUGGCUGUACGGGGCCUCAUCCCUCAGGGACAAGAACUGCUUCUGGCUUUGGAAGCACAAAAAGGAGAUGAUGAUCUUAGUUUCCUGGCACGGUUGCAGUUAAAUACACUCUUCCUCCCUGCAUUUGAGUGCCUUCUUUUUAAAAUAUGGAGCUUCAGUUUUAAAAACUAUUGAAAUCCUUCUCCAGAGGACUUAUAGGCUGCGCGUUGAGUUAGUUUGUUUAUAAGAUGUUCCUUGGGUUUAGAUGUUGUAGAUGUUAUGCUUUGGAUUUUUGUUUUGAAAAGAAAAUGGAGAUAAGAUCAGUGAGCAGAUACUGCUCUUGGUGGGAAGAACAGUUUUUUUGAUGUGUUCAGAUUAAAGUCUGUAUGACUGCGUGGAGAGGAAUGAAUGAAUAAAUAUAGGCAAUGAGUUUUUCAUAGCCCUAACAGAGAGGUUGGAUACUACCAUCUUGUUUAGAGAUUUAGCAGGUAUCAAAACAUACCCUAUUUUCCUAUAAUAAAAACAAAGUCCUCCAAGUUUACAAAGGGAUAUCUUACCAACCUUUACUAUUUUAGCUAUCUGGCAAUGGUAACUGUCCCAGUCUUCCAAAAUAACUAGCUUACCAUGCCCUGGGAGCCAGUUCUUUUCAACCAGGGUUUCUCAGUCUUUGUGCUCCAGCAUUUGCAAGCCAGUGGGGAUGCUGGGACGCUAGCAAACUUGGUAAUAAACACUCAAGCCCAGCUUCCCAAAAGAUAUUAUUGAAAUCAAUGGAAGAGAAAGGAGCCUAAAUAUCUUUGAGGAUCUGGACCUCAGUACAUAAUGAAGCCUGACAUGUAAGGAAUUGUUCACUUCAGUGCUGUUUUGUGAAGAUCAGUUUGGUCUUUCUUUCACUUACAGAAUUGAUGUGUGUUACAGUAACAGUGAAUUCAGUUCAUCAUAUAUGCAGGCAUUGUCCAUAAUUGUAAGAGUGCAAAAAAAGAAUAGUGUUCUGAUGUUCAGGACUUUUUCUGCCUUUGUCCCACAUGUAAUGGGGAUCUUGGCAUCAACAUUGAGGCCUGAAGGUUGCAUAUUUGAAGUUUUCCUUGCUUUAUCAUUCAUCCUUGAAAUGACAUGACUUAUGUGCGUUAUUAGGUAUUUGUUUUUUUAAAUAUAUAUCCACUGGUUCAUGUAACAUUGGGUGACUUAGCCUAGAUAAGAAGCCACUGGCCAUUGCCUUUAACUCCAAAUCUCGUCAGAACAGAUUGAUGUGGUGUUAAGUGCUUAUGGCCACAUUUGUCUUGUCUAUAGUAGGGCUCUAGAUGUUUCAACCAUGGAUGUUAGCUAUGGUGGAAAGCUCUUACCAGAAAAAUCCUUAGUGCAGACACAGCUUAUGCCUCAGCCACCAUCCUUCCUUUAGGGAGAAGUGGCCAGGACUCAAUUGGUUGGGAGUGAUCACUGUAAUUUGACAAAGAGCAUUGCUGCCCCUGCUCAAAAACUAAAAUGUCUUCCUCCAGAGCACAGCAGACCUCGAGACUGAGCCCAGAACGUGAAUCCAGGUCUCCUAGGAUAUGUCUACAUUGCAGCUUGGAGGCGUGGUUCCUAGCACGGGUAGAUAGCUUGAGCCGAGUUAGUGAGAGUCUAGCACACUAAAAAUAGCAGUGUAGAUGUUGCAGUGCAGGUGGUAGCUCAGGCUACCUGCCCAAGCUCAGAUCCAGGGGUCAGGUGGGCUUGGACUAGAGCAACCAGCCAAUGCUCUAACAGCCACACUGAUAUUUUUAGUGCACCAGCUUGAGUGCUAAAAUCACACCUUCAAGCUGCAGUUUAGGCAUACCCCUACAAGGCUGUGUCUGAGCCAGCUCUGCCGAUUUUGUUUUUAAAAAUGUUGUAGCCUUUUUCUGUAACAUGGACUCUGUGGCCCUUUGGCAUUGCUUUCUGAUGUUAUUUUGGAACCACCAAUGAUGGGCUCUGUGGGAGCUUCCCCUACCUUCUUCACAUCAGGAUCUGGGAAGAGAAGAGGAGCUGCUUUAAAAAGCAAAGAAACAGGAUCCUCUAAGGACCACUGGAGGUAUGAAGAGAAUAAUAUGACACUGAGGCCAGGUAUGCAGUAGAAACUCUGGAUGGUAUAGUAAUGGCAGUUUGAGUGGUAAUUUUUUUAGCGACAUUUCAGUACCAGCAAAAGCCCUAAUGUAAACCUGGCCUCAGUGCUAGUAGGCGCAAAAAGAAAAAUGUAACCACAACUAUUAUUAAGCACAAAUGCAAUUUGUUUAAGACUAUUUUGCCUGAGUUUGGGGCUUGUUUCAUGCAAGAAGACUACAUUUAUAAGAAUCCUGUUAACCAAGAAACUAUUCAGAAUGAGGAACUGCCACUAAAAAUAGUCCGCAAAAAAAACAAGAGUACUUGUGGCACUUAGACUAACAAAUUUAUUUCAGCAUAAGCUUUCGUGGGCUACAGUUCACUUCUUCGGAUGACAGACAGGAGAUAUUUAUACAUACAGAGAACAUGAAAAGGUGGAAGUAUGGAACACUUAGUCCCAAAUUUGUAGUAAUUUCUACUUCACCAUCUGAGAGAUCUGGAUCUGCUUUCUGCUGGACUAGUGGGGACCAAGACUACUGCAGGAACACGACAUUCAGGCCUUGGCUUGCUCAUUACUGAUCCUGACAGCCGAAGAAGGAACACUGUUAGACAGUUAAGAGGGUUUUUUUUGUUUUUUUUUUUUUUGUGUGUGAGAGAGAGUCACCUUUAUACAGCCAGAAAGACAGUAACUGAUCUGGGACGGCGGGCAGAUCCAGGGAUGGGAAUUUUGCUGUUUAGAGCUGCCCAAGGACCACGUGGUUGUUGGGGAGAGGAAUUGAGCAGGUUCAUUUUCGCUUUCAAUCUAGAGAACAGAAUAAACAGGGAGAGAGCAUUAGUCUUACUGUUGGCUUGCUAGAAUGUGUGUGUAACUAUCUUAGCUCUUAUAGUAAAUGGUAGCAAGGGUUGAUAGCUUUUUUUGGUGGGGUUUUUGGUUUUGUUGGCCAAGUAGAGGAACGUAGCUUAUUUUUACUUAGCCGUCUUUAUUUUUUAGCUAUGUAUAAUUUAGUGAAAUUUAAUGUAUAGUUUAGCUUUUUUAGCACUUUGUUUCCUUGCUAUGCAAGAUAAAUAUCCAUUAUCAUAGAACUGUCUGGAUGGAGUUUAAAUUCUGUGCUUGGCUUAGAAAUACAUAAUUGUAUAUAGUACAUGCUUCAGAUAAUG